UUUCAUAUCAUAUUUACUCAUUUAAUUUGAUUUGAUUUUGUUGUUAACUAUUUUUCAAUUUAGAUAUAAUAUUAAUAUAAUAUCAUAAACAUUGCCUGCAAUAUAUAGUCAUAUAUUGAGUAUAUUCUGCAUAUUCUGUACCCAAAACACAAAGUCAUGGAGCAGUCGAACGAUACUAAUCGAGAUGAAGGCCCUAAUCACUCGCAGAUAAGUGAUAGUCACCACCAGCACCACCACCACCAACAACAACAAGAUAUGGUUGGCUCCGACACCAACAACUCCGAUCCACACCAAAACACCAACUCUGGCAAUGGAGGUGCAAAUGGUGGCAGUGGUGGCAGUGCUGGCACGGGUCAGCACAAGGCGUCGCCUCAACAUAUGUCGGGCCACCACAGCGACGACAACGACCACCCGACCCACCACUCCAGACACGCCAUUAUCGACGCCCAUACACAUGUCAUCACAGAAGCGCCGCACACGAGCGCACCGGUCGCUCACGAAAACCACAGCCUCCAUAUGAAGGCCAGGGAGGCUCAGGCGCACAGUCCGUCCAAUAUUGCACAGCAUUCAGCGCACGGCUCACCGGUGCACGAGUUGGUCAGUGCGGCCACAGUCGGUCACUCCCUCGCCGACGACAAGAACGGCAUCACCGCUCACUCCGAUUCUGCCCUCCAUUCACACCUUUACUCCAACUAUCAGUCGGCUCAUCAGCAGCACCACCAGUCCAGUCCGACCCAAGCGGUCAUCGGUCAUCACGGCUAUGGUCCGUCUACUUCGUCCGCCUCAUACGCCAAUACUAUCGGUUCCGUCACAUUAAGCCAAUCAAUUGGAGGUUACGGUACAUCCCCGCCUAACUACCACAACAGUCACCGCAACAGUACCGGUGCCGACUAUCACACGGCUUCAGCACUCAGUCCUAAAUCUGCUCACCAUUUGGCCGCAAACUAUGAUAAUGUUAUUCAUAGCUCUAUAUAUGGCAAUAACGGACACUCCACUGGACUCAUGUCUGGCCAUCAUUCACAGACUGUCGUUCAUUACGCCCCACAACAGACACAUCACGGCGUUCAUUUGGGUCAAAGCUCAAGUUCAUCUCACCAUCACCACCAUUCAAGUCAAUCUCCCAGUCCCCAGCUAUGGACAACGGAUGGCUUGGCAGCACAUACUAUGGCUUAUAAUUUGCCUGGCACAAUCUCUCCGUCGUCUCUGCAGCAGUUGACGGCUGUGAGUGACGCCAGUGGUGGCAGUGGUGGUCACCCGGAGCUGUCAUCGUCGCGUGCCGGUGCCGGCACAGUGCAGGCCAAUGGCUUCAACUCCAACCCAUUUGGCGGCUCUUCCACCACAGGUGCGCACUAUCUGAGAGGCGACUGGUCUCAGGCAUCCAUCUAUGAUGGGCCCAACACUGCUAAUUACACGGUCACUGUAGGCGAUCACAGACGUAUGAGCCCUGACCGCAACCCAGGAGCUCCUGUUGGUCUCUCAGCUCAUCAAUUAGGGUCCGAUUUCUUCGCUGGUGAGGCGCGUGAGUGCGUCAACUGUGGGGCCAUAUCAACGCCGUUAUGGCGCAGGGAUGGCACCGGACACUACCUGUGCAAUGCUUGUGGCUUAUACUCCAAGAUGAAUGGUAUGCAUCGGCCACCGAUCCGUCCGCACAAGAAGAUGCCCAACAACCGGAGGGCUGGCCUCACCUGCUCCAACUGCCACACAUCCACUACCACUCUAUGGCGACGCAAUAACCAGGGUGAACCGGUGAACCGUCCACUGGCUAUGAAGAAGGAGGGCAUUCAGACGCGCAAACGUAAGCCAAAGGCUGCGACACCACAGGAGCCAUCGUCUCAAUCGCUUAAUAAACCACAACAAAACUAUAUAAUAGAGAAGCCAUUGCUGGGCACCAGUGGUUCGAUGCUCUACUCGGCCCAGUCGUCCACGUCGUCCAUCGGUCGCAAUGAACACGACUUAACCGGUGGUCACGACUCGUCUCCUUCUCGACCCAUAUCAUCGCCGAUAACCCCGUCGAGUGCUGCCCUAACCCGACACCUUCACGGACUCAUGCCAUUGGAUGGCUUUCAGUACAGCAAUAACAGUCCCUUUAACACCGGCUCUAAUACUAUUAAUAUGAACCAUUCGAGCGCUUCUAUGACCAGUGCCAGUGCCGGUGCCGGUCAUCAUUCAACGGUUGCACAGGUAUUGCACUCCAAUGCCAUUCACUCUAGUGUUAUACAUGAGCCUAAUGUGGCCAAACUAUUGGUGCAUUCGUCCUCUAGUGGACAGACAUCUGAUAACGGCUUACAUUCUGGUGACGACCAUAACAGUGCUCGUCACAGCACCACCACUACUGCCACUUGA